UUCCAGUUUUUGUUUUUCAGGAUUAUGCUUUUUUUCCCCUAAUGUCUUAAAGUACUUUUUAAAUUUAGGAUGUGCAAAGUAUGGAUAGAUGAGGGCUUUUUUUUUUUUUUUACAGGAUGUUAGACAGAUUCUGUUGCCAUUGCCAUUCAAAUUUUGUGCAUUUACAUAAGCUUAAUAUGUGAAUAGAAGUUGAUUGUAUGACUUAUUUGAAAAAUGAAUGAGAAGUAAAUAUCUAUCUUGUGGACUGGUGCAAUAACCUCUAUUAUCUUGUUCUGACUCAAACAGCGCCAGCGGUCCUCUGACGACCUUUGGUACGAGACACAGAGCAGGGUUUGGGUUGAGCAAAGCUCAACGCCGAGGCAACAGGAAAUAAAGAGCAGCAACUCCAACACGUUUUUUAAAAAUCCGAUCUGAGAAGCAUAAUACAUGACUCAAAAGUGUGAAAUUAUUUAUUAAGCGUAUCCUCCAUGUAUUUCUGUAAGCUUUUUAAAAAAUGUUUUCCUUUCUCACCUCAUUUUUGCCGACUUCCUACCUUCUACCAGGAUGGCUGAUACUGGACAUAAACCCUCUGAUUGGUUUACUUCAAGGGCUGGUGGGAGCAUGUGGGAUUUCUGUGCUCUGCUCCCUCUUCAGAGUACAUCUAUUGAUAGAGGAGAGCUGGAAAGAAAAACUGAAUGAAGGCACGUCAAGUGGGAGGUCAAGCAGUAACCCAAUGAGAGCUAAACAUGGACUUUUUGGAAUGCUCCAGUUUCUCUUUGUGACUGGGAUACUGGCCGUUGUGGGGUCCCGCGUGGCGUCACUGGUGGUACUGGAAUUCUGCCUGCGAGCCGUCUCUGGACUACUCACAGCUGGACCGGAAACCAGGAAGUUUCUGCAGCAGCUGUUAGUGCAAAGCCAGUUCUCCUUGGGCUGUGCCAUCAGCUGCAGUUUGCACUUUCUCCACGAGGGGGCAUCCCAGCGCUGGCUGUGCCUUCUCCUGGCAGCAGCUCUCAGUUGGUAUCUGGCAAAAAAGGCAGCAGCCCUUCUGCAUCAUGUCAUUGCUCUGUAUAAGCUGCACAGCUCCCAGCGCUACUGCGGCAUUUGCAUCAGCCUGCUCACGUCAGGCUGCCAUCUGCAGCCCAUGCUUUGCAGGACUAUGAUUAUUGCCUUUUCUGUGGCCGUGCUGGCAGCCGUAUCGAUCAUCAACCAACAGUUUCUCUCUGCAACCGAGGCCUUGAGGUUCUGGACACCGCUGACUAUCUGCUACACAUUAUUGGUGGUGUACAUGCAGGAAGAACAGCAUCGUCUGCCGAGCAGCCAAGCUGUCCUCAACGCAGUUGUCGUGCGUCUCGGGGGUUUGAUGGUCUUGAUGCUGACCGUGGGACGCUGGGCCGAUGUGUUCCACAUCCUCAUAUGUUUCCUCGGUGAGGCCAGCUGUCUCAUCCCAAACAUGGAUCUGCUGGAUGCAGCAUCCUCGCAGGUCAGUCGGUUUCUCUGGAGACAACUAAACUGGGGCAGAAUACCAAUGUGUUUAUCAAACUGCAUCCCAGGGUGAAAAAGAACUUCUCAAACUUUUCUCCCAGGAGGGGUUUAGGAGCCCCUACGACAGAUUUAGGUCAGAGAAGUCUCUAACUUGUGGGGGGG